GUGGGAGGGAUGGUUUAGUAGUUGAAACAAAAGCUCUGCUUAAGAAAUGCCCACUCCAGUCACCAUUUCAUUUUUCUUAACUCUGGCCCACUGUGUGAACCCUGAGCCGACAGAAACCAGUAAGAUGACGGACUAUGAAACUUCAACGGCUUUCCUCGGAGAGUGGGGAUGUUUCCAGCAGCAGGUGUUUUUCCUCCUUUCUUUGACCGUCAUCCCUAACGGUUUGACUGGCCUUUCCACGGUGUUCCUAGCCGACACGCCGUCCCACCACUGCCUCAUACCCGCGCAACUCAACCUCACCCCCGCGUGGAGAAACAGCAGCAUCCCGCUGGAGCAAGAGAGCAGCCAAGGUGGCGCGUUGGUGCGCAGCAGGUGUUCCAGAUACAAACUUGUUGAUAUCCUGAGUUUCUCUGAAAAAGGCUUGCUGCCCGACGUUGAUGUGAAUCUGUCUACUGUGCCGAAAGAAAGCUGCUUGGACGGAUGGGAGUAUGACCAGAGCAUCUACAUUUCUACAAUCAUAUCGGAGUGGGACCUGGUUUGUGAUGAAAGCUGGAAGAAACCACUGACUUCUUCUUUCUUCUUCUGUGGAGUUCUCACCGGUUCCUUCAUUUCAGGACAGCUCUCUGACAGGUAUGGGAGAAAAAUACUUCUGUUUGCUACUCAGGCAAUUCAGACGGUAUUCACAUUGAUCCAGGUCUUCUCUCCAUCUUGGACGGCGUUCUGCGCCCUGUUCUUUGUCGUUGGGGUGGGCCACAUUUCCAACUAUGUGGCUGCGUUUGUGUUAGGAGCGGAGAUAUUAAGCCCAUAUGUGCGGACUGUUUAUACCACGGCGGGUGUGAAUCUGUUCUUUGCUGGGGGCUACAUGCUGUUGCCAUUCUUUGGUUUCUUCAUCAGGGACUGGAGGAUGCUCCUCUUAGGCAUUUCACUGCCUGGCUUCUUCUUUGUGCCUCUCUGGUGGUUUAUCCCAGAGUCUCCUCGGUGGCUACUCUCUCAGGGAAGGAUAGAAGAAGCUGAGGCCAUAAUCAGAGACGCUGCUAAGAAGAACAAGGUGGAGCCUCCAUCAGUCAUCUUUAGUCCCUUGCAGGAACAACUUAAGCCUGAGAAGAGAAGGGCCCACAACAUCUGUGACCUGCUUCGUUCUCGAAACAUCCGCUGGAUCUCUGUCACGCUGUGGCUGAUCUGGAACACCUUGACCAUUGCCUACUUUGCUGUUUCCCUGAACACGGCAAACCUUCAUGGGAAUGUACACUUCAACUGUUUCCUGUCAGCUCUGGUGGAGAUACCAGCCUACAUUUUGUCAUGGACUAUGUUUCGCUGGUGUUCCAGACGGCUGACUUUGUCCUCAUCGUUGUCCAUGGGAGGGUUGUUUCUGCUACUCAUUCAGCUUAUUCCAACACAUCUGUUCUCUUUGGCAAUAGCACUGGAGAUGAUAGGGAAGUUUGCAGUGACGACAGCGUAUUCUUUGGUCUACGCCUUCACAGCUGAGAUCUACCCAACUGUGCUGAGAAAUACAGCUCUCGGUGCCUGUUCUAUGGCCUCCAGAAUAGGAAGCAUUACUGCUCCGUUCUUCAUUUACUUAAGAAGCUAUUCCGUUUCACUGCCUUACAUCCUUAUGGGAAGCCUUACAGCCUUAGCAGGGUUGCUGAGUCUCCUGCUGCCUGAGAGCUUUGGAAUGCCUUUGCCUGAGACCAUUGAUCACAUGCAGCACUUUCCCGGAUGCUGUCAGAGAAAGCCCUAUACUCUCACACACAUGAGAGAAGAGGAAAAUGCUCCUGAAUGAAAGACUACAUAAACAAGGAGAAAAGUGAAAAUCUGACUUGAUUCGAAUCACUGGAUGAGCAGAGAUUGUGUACUCAUUUCCACUAAGUGACCUCUUUAAGGACGUAGGUAAAAUUAUUGCUGUGUUGUCACUGGAUGUAUAAAAUUAUAUCAGUUCAAGGGGACCAGAGAGGUAAUUUCCUUACAAAACUGGAAAAAAUUUAUUUACAUUAUAGCAAAAAAAAUAUUAUAAAAGGAAGCUUAUACUCACCACCAAUUUGACAACAUUAGGAUGUACAGUAGGAAACUUGAAAGAGUAACUUGCAGAAAGUUUGUAGAAAUUCAGUAAUUUGCUUAGAAUAUAGUGGGAAUACAUAAUGCAUUUAAUGCAUUUUUAAUGGAAGGUUUAUUCAUUAAUUGCUUACCAUGAACCAUGAUCUGACCAUGAUCUGCCACUCUGAAUGACAUCAUACAUGAGUAUGCCAUAAAAUACCCAGAUACCACAAAGUAAUUCUGAUUGUGAUGAUAAGACACCAGGAAGAAGAUCGGCUAGUAGUAGAUUGAUAGUAGAAAAUAGUAGAUCAGCUCAAGGCCACAACUUAAGGGGGACUUGUAAAAACAAACACACAAACAAGUA